UCUAUGAGUCUUUUAGUCGUGAUGGAAAGAUUCGGUUUAACUCAGUUUUCGACUCUGUUGUGUCUUUUCGCUGUUGUUUUUGCUUCGACUGAGGAAGCAAAUGCUCUUCUAAAAUGGAAAGCAACUUUAUUAAGCGGGAACAAUUCCGUAUUUGCUUCAUGGAAAUUGAGUACCAAGAAUUCUACGAGCAUUGGAGCGACAUGUAGUAGUGAAUGCAGGGACUGGUAUGGAAUUAAAUGGUUUAAUGGUAGGGUGAAAAUGUUGAAUAUUAGAAAUGCAGGUAUCGUUGGUAGACUCGAUGAUUUUCCAUUUUCGUCGCUCCCUUUUCUUGAUUACGUUGAUCUUAGCAUGAACAAGAUCGGAGGCACCAUCCCGCCUGAAAUAGGAAAGCUUACUAAUCUUUUCUAUCUCGACUUGUCGAUGAAUCAGAUUUCAGGAACAAUUCCACCACAAAUCGGCUUUCUAAUGAAGCUUCAGACUCUUUACUUCUUCGACAACCAGUUAAACGGUUUCAUUCCGAGGGAAAUAGGUCACCUAAGGUCUCUUACGAAGUUAGAUUUGAGUAUUAACGUUCUUAAUGGUUCCAUUCCCGCUUCAUUGUGGAAUUUGAACAACUUGUCUUAUUUGAAUCUUUGUAUGAACCAACUUUCUGGUUCCAUUCCUGCGGAAAUAGGAAAACUUGUCCAUCUAGUUGAAGUUUAUCUCGAUACAAAUCAGUUAACAGGUCGUAUUCCUCGAGAAAUAGGUAAGUUGAUCAAUGUCAAGACGUUCUUUGCUUCAUCGAAUAAGUUGUUUGGUUCUAUUCCUGGUGAAAUAGGGAAGAUGAAGUCACUCGAGAAGCUAAGCUUAUACGCGAACUAUCUUUCUGGUCGCGUUCCUAGUGAGUUGGGGAAUCUGAAAAACCUGAAUGAUAUGCAAUUAUCCAUUAAUCAACUUACUGGUACAAUUCCUGCUUCCUUUGGCAAAUUGAGAAACUUGCAAACUUUGUCUCUCCGCGACAACAAACUUUCUGGUUCGAUUCCAAAAGAACUUGUGUAUUUGGAUAACUUGGUUGCGCUGGAAAUCGAUGAAAAUCGGUUUUCAGGCCAUUUGCCUGAGCGUCUUUGCCGAGGUGGGAAACUCGAGAAGCUCAUG